UAGUAUCUACGUCCAUCUUGGUUCUGCCUUCUUGUCCCGCGUACCUCUGUCGCGCUAAGUCAAGCCAAGGAAUCCUCUACGUGUGCGAUGGCGAGCAAGAUCUCUCCCACUCGCCGCCGCUCAAUUGCUGUCCUGAAUACAGGGCAAUCCUCACGCCACCAUGGCCGCAGGCGGGCAUACAGUAUCGCACCUGGAGAGAAGCUUAGCCCUAACGCGAAGCGUAGGAGAUCCUUGGCUCCCCGCAAGAGUAUCUUGAAAGCGUCCAUGAAUCUUCCCGAGAGCGCAGAAGGGUCCGCGAUGGGAGAUGAGACUACUACACAAUCUAUGGAUCUGACGGAGGUUCAUGCGCAGCCCCGCAAGAGCCUUGCUCGACGCGUGAGCUUCGCGAGCCACGCACAUAUUCGGCUGUUCGAGGUGCGGGAUAAACCAAACGGCAGCCAGGGCUCACCGUCGUCGCCUCAAGAGCCGUCCGAAGAGCACAAUGACGAGAACGAACACCCUACCCCUGCUCCCUCCCGUCGGCGUAGCUCAAUGCGCCGUCGGUCGUCCACUGGGUUCAGUGAGUUUGGCGAGCAGUCGAUGGAGAUGGACGAGGACGAGACCGCUCCGCUACCUACCGACUUCCUCAAGCAGAAUGGGUAUCAGCUUGAUGGAUCUGCAGUGGAGGACGACGAGUUCACGGACGAGGAUGAGGACGAGGAUGACGACAUGGAGAUAACGGAGGCAAUUCGCUUGAAUAUCGAGCGCAAGAGGUCGCUGUCAUUAGGCGGCCAGGCGCACGGGUCUUUGCCCGGGAGACGUCGUUCAUCUAUCGCACCUGUCACAGUGACACAAGGUCGGUCUGAAAACCAACCUCCACGCCAUCUGCAGCCUCCACAGGAAGAUGACGAAACGCGACCUGAGGAUCAGGCAGAAGGAGACAUGAGCAUGUCCUCAGCCAACUCUCAAUCAUUCGUAUCGGAGGGUUCGUCAAUGGACGAGACUCAGCCGAUGGAAUUCACUGCCCCUGUCGGGAAGGCGUUGCGGCCACCUUCGCGACCAAGUGAGAGGUGGCUAGCCCUCCAAGCAGCCACUCACGCUGGUAUUCCUCAGGACAAGUCCCCCUCUCAAGAAGAUGACGAUGAGGGGGAUUCUGGCGUGUACCGCGAAAGCGAGCCAAUGGAGCUGACUGAUGCCAUGGAUCGUCUCAUGAAGGCACGCGCCUCAUUGGGAAUGUCCCCCGGUUCGGGGAACGCAAAUGACACUGUGUCCGACAUGGACAUGGAUGGAGAGGGUGGAUCCGCGGUGCAAGAAGACUAUCAAGACGACAGUUUCACGAGCACAGAGGACAGCUUUGCAGGAGAUUCCAUGGGUGACAAGACGGUGAACGUGACAACCAUGAUACGAACGAGCCUCGGAACGCAAGAUUUCUCUAUGAACACCGCGAAUACAGGUGGUACUGUAGACGAGGAUCGACCAGUGAAGUUACCCCUCGGUAUUGAUUCUGCUACCACUCCUGCGCCAAAAGCUGUUACUCCCACAGGUCCCUCCCCGCCAUCUGAACCCGCAUCUGCACCUCCCGUGUCCGAACCACCACCACCGGCAGCCCAACUGCCAUCAUCCGUCUUCAGUGCGUCUACCACAAGACCUUCCGUGUUCGCUCCGCCCCCCAAGACGCCAGCGCAACCCCCACGUUCUCCCUCCAAAGCACCACCUUCCGCGACUAUCCCCAAGCCUUUCUCCUUCAGCCUCUCACGGACUCCCGCACGCCCGCCCGUUCUCAAUUCUCCGGCCUCACAAUUCAAUGCAGCCGCACCAGGGCCGUCGUCAGUUGCGGCUUCAGGAGCGAAUGCACCGCGAUCCCCCGCCGUUCAAAAACCGACUGCGGCCUUCGCUCCACCCUCAGCACGCAAAUCACCAAUGAAGCGUCCUGCGCCGCCUGAAUCUGAAGCUGCGCACCAGCCGAGCCCAGCGAAGCGCACCGCUGUUGGUAAGCUCGAGCCUUCGAAGAUGGCGCCAUUUCAGAAGCCCGUGGAGUCGGAACAGCAAGCUGCGAACCGGCGGACCAGUAUGGUGCGCCGGCCGUCUGGAUACUUCGCGCAAAGGAAGAGUCUCGGGGCAGGCAUAUUGCCCCCUGCCAAUGGGACAGCCGGUAGCGCGGGCGAUCGACCUGCGAGCCCGAAGAAGGCAGCGGGUGGACUGGGCUUGGGACGUGCCCGAGCUAGUGUUGGCGCUGCACCUUCUGGCCAAGGACUGGGACUGUCCGCAAAGCCGAGAAGCGCAGAGGGCGGUUCACUCUAUCCCGAUGUCUCUCGCAUAGCAGAAGAAGACCCACCUACACCCUCUCGAUCGCGAGCGAACAGUGCACCACCAGAGAGUCCAACGAAAUGCGAGCGCGAGUCGUUGCGGCAGGCUGUCGCAGCGCCUAGUCCAACGCGGGGAUCACCCUCUCCUGCGUCACCGCGAACGGGGUCACCUACGCCGAUUAGGAGACCAUUAGGGCAUUCGAGGUCUGCUUCGCCCGCCCUACCGCCCAGUCCGGCCGCUCGACUCGCUUCGUCCGCUACUGUCCCUCUGCGGCAGGCAUCUCCUACCCAAGUCUCUCCCGGAGAAGCCAGCCUCAGGGACACGGGCAUUGUGCUCUCGCGGCCAUCUGGCACGGACACGCCAGUGGAGUCAGCUGUCACAGAGCAAUGGAGGGCAGGCGUUGAGAGAGACGACGCUGGAUAUGAUGAUGAAGAGCCACCCAUCAGCAUCGAGCAGUUCUUCGACAUGACCGGUAUUCGCUUCAUGGAUGAGCUCACAAUGCCCAAACCACGACAGUCGGUCGUCGCACCGCCUCAUCUGCGCACUCGCGCGCGCCGUCGCUCCUCCGCCGAGUUCAGCGAAGCGGAAGAGGAUCCGAUCCCGUUAGCAGAGUUCGCCGUGGCGAUGGCGGUCGAGCUGCCCAGAUUAGAGCUGUUCUCCGCAGUCGCGAACGAUCUCAGUGCUUGGAUAGAGGAGAGCAGGAAGAUUUGUGUCGAGGCUGAGCGAGAGACUGAGAAGGUCACGCCCGAGCUAUUCAGAGAUUUCGUGGCUGCUGACGAGUCGGAGCAAGGGUUACUGAUCCACCAACUCAAGCUCAUCAAGGCGUACAACUAUAGUACAGCGAAGUCACAGUGGUAUGACUGGAAGAUGGACUGGGCUCAGCGCCUGUACACGAGAGCUCGGCAAGAGUUCACUAAUCUCGAAUCUGAUGCGCAAGGUCUGGCGAGGAUAAUCAAGCAGGCGCAGGCAACAUUACCUGACUUGCGAGAGGAGUAUGCCCAAGUGAUGGCAGAGCUAGAGCAGGAGCAGACCGACAUCGCAGAGAUCGAAAACUCUGAUCAGGACUACCUGGGCGAACUCAAGGCUACCAUAGCUGAACAGGGUUCUGAGUUGGAGGUCUUCCGAACCGAUGUCUCGGAGGGCAAAGCGAAGCUUGAUAGGCUUCAUGAGAAGCUCGCGGAGAUUGAGUCGCAGAAGCAGGAAGCGACCACUGCAAUCGCGAGGGCUCAGUAUAAUGUUCACAUUCAGAAAGAGAGCACUACUUCGGCGGUGUUCAGACUGAAAGACGAACUAGAAGCACUCCAAGACCUCCAUCUAUGGCGAACUACCAAGAUUACAUCCGAUCUCAUCCAACUAGUCUAUGCCUCACGAUUUCAAGUCUCAAUACCUUGUAUGAAAUACCGACCCACUCUUUCGGGGGUCGCCGUUACCCGCGCGAAGAAUUUCCACGUGAGGGAACGGGACCCAUUCCCCCGCUUCACCAGUCUUGCUCUCCAGGCAUCACAACAGAUGCUCACUGAGAACGAGGGCCGGCUGAGCGUCCGUCAGAUCGUUGAGCGACUGGGUGAUUUCUGGAGUUCGUGCUCGCAGCUUCGUUCGCAAUUCACCUUCUUGGCCAUCAAGUGUCCGCUCUCCGUCCAAGCGACGUCCUCGGAUGGGGCUGGUCUCCCUGGUCUUCUUGCCAAAGCAACGAUCAUGUUCCCCGGGGCCAACGGAAAGGCGACCGUUUCGUUCAUUUUCGACCGUCCCACCUAUUCAGCUUGGCCACUCUCAAUCAAGUCGUUGAACGCAGACGUUGAAGUCCACUACGGACGCAUCGAACGACAAACGAUCUUGGAUGCAGUUCUUGGCCGUUUAGCUCAAGCGACACCUACGGACAACCAUGGAUGCCUGCUCGACGCAUGUAUCGAGGCUAUGGAGCAGUAUGAAUAA